AUACUAAUUUUUUGUUUUAGAAACCAUAAUACUGCUUUUUGUGUUUAAAAUAAGAAUUCCUUAAUUUCUUGCAGUCUCAAAGGCUUUCUCACAGUGUCAGGAUUGAACAGAAGGCCUCUGGUGCUUGAGUGAGGCUGUUGUGCCUUGAGGAGCUGAAAGCCUCUGGGUCUGAACAAGGUGCAGUGCUAGCAUACAGCUUGAUCUUGGAUAGGUAUGGUACAGUGAGCUGCUAAGGGUAAAUACACAUUGUGUGUGGGGGGGGGAAGAUUUCAUUUAGCAGUAGCUAACAUACUUUAGCUUCAGGAGAAUAAUCUGGUGGGUUUUUGCUGUUCACUGCUUCAUCUCAGUGUUAGAUGUGUGGCUGUUUAACAUUGAUACUGUCAACUAGAUUUGCACUUGAAUGUUUAGGAAGGGUAUCUGAUAGUGAUGUGAGUUCAUGGGUUGGGGUUGAAGCUAUGACAAUCCAUAAAAAGUGAAUGGAAGUGAUUUUCACUUGGACUGAUUGUUAGCUCCACCACAGCUAUCACAAACCACACACCUCUAGGUACCUGCAGGUCUGGAAUGGAAACAGUAGACUUCAAAACUAAAUACUAGUACUUCUGGUUUUCCAAACAAGACAUGAGAGUCGUCCCAAACAGCAGGGUGGGCAGCCCUAAGUAAAGUUUCCAGGGAGUUGGUGUGAUGGUUUUAGGGUGGUUUUCUUUCAACAUAAAAUCAUUUAAUACAGUCUGAAGUUGUUUGAUUUCUACAUCUGCUCCAGGUUACGCUGGUAUGUGGCAAUUGUGGAUGUGCAGUCAAUACAACUUUUGUGAAGAAGUAGGUUUAAGUUGUUCGGGAUGUGCAUGUGUUUUGGUUUUUUAAACCUGUUGUACUUGGAUGGGUUUUUGUUUUGUGAUCUGUUUUCCCAGAGGAGUGACCACAUUGGGUAAAACUCCUUCAGACUUGGUCCUGUAUUGCAAGUAUUAGUGGAGCACACAUGAUGGUGACUGAUGCCAGAUUUUAGAUCUUUUUGGAGCAGUUCAAAUAUUAGUUAUGUGGCAACAAGUCUUUGAAUUGUUAGUCUAUGUUAGUGUGCAGGGUUACUGAGUUUGAUGUUGAUCGUAUUGCCUAGGUGGUUGAUAUUGAAAUAAGGAUGUUUAAAAAUGGGAUAGGUAUGUUUCUAUCUUAAGUUCAUUUUUUACCUCAUCCUUGACUAAAACAAAUUUCUAAUGUGCACUUAAGAACUAGCAUGCAGCCAACAUCAGUUGGGUGUCAAAAACCGUGGAGUCUGUGGCAUGCUUUUGUGGCACAUUGUCACAACCAAAGCUCUUCCUACUGAACCUCUCCUCUUUUCACAGGCUACAAAAUGUCCUUUUCUCAGUAGGGAGAACCACCUUGCCAGCUCUUCAUGCUGCCACAUUCUCUGCUCCACAGAUGCCAAAAAUUUUUUCCCUCAAGUAGUUUGGGUGUCUAAGCUUAGCAGUUGUUCUUGGUUUGUAUUUUACUUUGGUAGUUUAAUUUGCUGCCCUGAAAACUUGCAUGCUACCUCCUGUUAUGCCAUUGAUCUAAUAAAAGAUAUUUGCUCUUCUGUAAGUCUGGCCAUAUUUGUGUAACCUUAAAACUUCGGGCCUAGGGUUUGAACAUAUUUCAGUUCCUAUUUGUAUGCAUAAAGCUCAAACAGCCAAAAGCCUAAAAUAUGAAAAGAGCUUUCUUGUUGUACUGUGCACAGAAAGCUAGGCCUAGUAAUACUUGCUGUGGAGAUCUUAGGAGUAUGUUUCUUGCUUCUCUUAGAAAUUUGUCAAACCUUAAACAGGUGUGUGAGUAAUUGACCUCUAAAGGAAGCAAAAUAACUCUCACAUCCUGUGUCCUAAAACAGAAUUUCAUGCCUUUCCAGACUUGCAGUGCAAUACAGACCUGUAGCUCAAGGGUUCUUGGUCAGAGAUUGCAAAGAGGGACUAGUGGCUGUCAGAUCUUGACGUUUAGCAAGUAUAAUUUAGUUUGCUUGAAGUAAACUCAGAUCUUAAAAAGCAGCAUACUGGGUUUUGAGUGCAGCAUUGUUGUGUUUUGACUUUUAGCUUAAUUCUUCAGUCUUUCAGAGAGAGAUCAAGAUAAAGAAAAAAUGAAUUUGCUUUCUUGAAAAGCUUAAUGGCAUGGUAAAGUGAUCAUCUGUACUGAUAGUGCACGAUAGUUUCUAGACUGGGCCUGUCUGAGCUGCUGCACAUGCUGUAUAAUCCCUCUACAAUAGAGGGACUCAUGUUCAGAAGUGUGUGAUGCUUCUGAGCUUCUAGUACCUUCACUGGGAACUGCAGAUUCUCACCACUCUGAAAAAUCAUGGUUUGUAUCUUGAAAUUACUACGGGUUCCAAGAUAAAUGUCGAGUAUGCAUCAGCCUUAGUGACAGGGUAGAAGAGGAAAGUAAGCUUGCAUUAAGCAGAGAACUAGUGAAUUAACUCUGUUGUGUAGCGUUGAAAGGAUGCUCUUCCUUAGAAUGGCCUGUGGGAGGUGACAUACCUGAGGAGCUGAAUAGAUAAAUCAGUUGGGGUAAGCCACUUGCAGGCAAUCCAUAUUAACAUGUCAUUUGUUUACAGUAAAUGAGUUCAAGUUGAAAUAGCAAGUGCUUGCCAACUUUUUCAGAUGGUAUAAUUUUUGAAAUAUGUGAAUAUAAGGUGGUAACACUUACUCGUUUUUGCUCUCGUUCUCCACUUUUGUACGCUAAUUGUGACCUCACACUGAAAUAGCUCUAGAAAUCACCAAAUGCUAUAAUAAGGAAUUAAACCAUUUGGUAUCCAAGAUUUUUAUUUCACAAAAGUCUAGGAUACAGAGGUGAGAUUUGUCCUACUUCUUCCAAAGAAAAAUUUUGGCCAGCUGAGAGGAUCUGUGUUUACUGGUGCUUAAUACACAAGCCAAGUGCUAUGCUUAUUUAUGUGAUUGUUCUUUGAUUAUGGGGGGGGUUUGUUUGUUUGUUUUACAGCUUUAGGUGAGGAUUCAGAAUGGGAGACAAGCCUAUCUGGGAGCAGAUUGGGUCCAGCUUCGUACAGCAUUACUACCAGCUUUUUGAUGCAGACAGGACUCAGUUAGGAGCAAUAUAUAUUGAUGCCUCAUGCCUUACGUGGGAAGGACAGCAGUUCCAGGGCAAAGCAGCUAUUGUUGAAAAACUAUCUAGCCUCCCUUUCCAAAAAAUACAACACAGCAUCACAGCACAAGACCACCAACCUACACCUGACAGCUGUAUACUCAGUAUGGUAGUGGGACAGCUUAAGGCUGAUGAAGAUCCUAUCAUGGGAUUCCACCAGAUAUUUCUAUUAAAGAACAUCAAUGAUGCCUGGGUUUGCACCAAUGACAUGUUCAGGCUAGCAUUGCACAACUUUGGCUGAGCUGGCAACCCCGAGGCACCUGUGCUUUUUUUUUUUUUCCUCCUCUCCUCUUACUGGUAUUAUUCACACUCACGGAACAUUCCAAAUAUCAUACACAAACCUGCAGCACUGCAGAGCGUGAGCAAGCAAGACCUGUGACCUGCCCUUCUGCUGAGUUUACAUUGUCACUAGAUGAGUUUCUUGUGCAUGAUGUUUGGAAGUUAGACUUAGCUGCAUUUGACAAGAGAAAUUUGUGUUGUACCAGCAUGCCUCGGAAAGAAUUUAUAAUGCAAAAGGUUGUUGUUUAUGUACUGACAAGAUGCUCUAUAACCCAAAGAAAUGAAAGAACAGCAGCCUGUACAGCCCAGAUAUUGAUUUGUUCAGAUGUUUCAAUGCUACAUUACACAAUAAAACCAUGAGAUUUUCUUAACAGUU